GAGUUUUCAAUACAUCGGCUAAUUUAGUGAAUGAUAUAUUCAAUAGUUUAUAUUGUCUUGAUAAAAUUGAAGUUUUAGAUGCAAAAUGGGCAGAGCGCUAUGCGAUUAAUUCUUGGUUUGUCUGUAUUUGUUUGGCUAUUAUCGAAACCUCAUUCAAAAUUUGUAAAACGAAAAAGAACAUUGAAGAGGCUAAUUCAGAGGCUAAUUUAGAGGAAUUGGAAAGGUACCGACAGAAGUUAUAUUGGUUAAAAGUUAGAUUAGCUAAAAUUCUUAUGGACUUUUUGUUUUGCGGGUAUGAUUUCUUUGGAUAUACUUGUUCAGAUGGCGUGCAAGCAGUUUCUGGAUUUCUUGCUGGAAUUCUAA